AUGCACUCGGCGGCGACGCUGGCGUUGGCGACGCCGCUGCCGCUGCUGCUGUUGCUGCUGUUGAUGCUGGCGGCGCUACCCGACUCUGCGGCGGGCAGCAUGAGUAGCCAGCGCAAGACGGCGCUCAUCCCGGGAGAGGUGCUCAUCGGCGCGCUCUUCUCCAUACACGAGCAGCCGAAGCAGAAGAACGCCUACACGCGUACGUGCGGCCCCAUCUGGGAGGAGUACGGCAUCCAGCGCGUCGAGGCGACCUUCAAGACGAUCAACGAGAUCAACGCCGACCCGACGUUCCUGCCGGGCAUCAAGCUCGGCGUAGAGGUGCGUGACUCGUGCUGGUUCACCUCCGUGGCGCUCGAACAGAGCAUCGAGUUCAUACGCGACGCGAUAUCGACUAGCGACGACGACCAGAAGAAGCUGAGCCGCAACGAGACGUCGCUGUGCGCGAAGCCGACGAGCAAGAACAUCGCCGGCGUCGUCGGACCCGGCUCGAGCACGGUGACGAUACCCGUGCAGAAUCUGCUGCAGCUGUUCGGCAUUCCGCAGAUCGGAUACUCGGCGACGGCGCAGACGCUCAGCGACAAGAACGUGUUCAAGUACUUCCUGCGCGUCGUGCCGAGCGACGAGUUUCAGGCGCAGGUCAUGGUCGACAUCAUCAAGCACUACAACUGGACGUACGUGUCGGCCGUGCACACCGAAGGCGUGUACGGAAACGGCGGCAUCGAAGCAUUCAAAAACAAAGCACGCGACGAGGGCAUCUGCAUCGCCACCGCCGCCAAGGUGAAGAGCAAUGACGAUGCGAGCGAGUUCGACGCCGUCAUCAAAGCGCUAAACUCCACGCCGAAGGCUCGUGCUAUCGCCUGCUUCUGCGAGGGAAGCACGAUACGUGGAUUGUUGGAGUCAACGCGCCGACUAAACAUGGUCGGCUAUUUCACGUUCAUUGGCAGUGACGGAUGGGCCGACCGCGAUGACGUCAUAGAGAGUUACGAAGUCGAAGCUGAGGGAGGCAUCUCCAUACGAAUUCAGUCACCGACCGUCGAGGACUUUGACGACUACUACUUCUCGCUAAAGCCGUUCCAGAAUCCUCGCAACCCGUGGUGGGAAGAAUUCUGGGAGCAAAGGUUUAACUGCACUUUCACACCGACGCCUGGUGUACGGGUGUGCACAAAGAACGAGGACCUGCGCGAAGAUUACCGACAGGACACGAAGAUGGGCUUCGUCAUCAAGGCGAUCACGACGAUGGCUCACGGGCUAGACAACAUGCACCGCGACGUGUGCGGCGGCAGACCGGGCCUGUGUCGCGACAUGAACCCCAUCAACGGCACCAUGCUGCUCUCGCAUCUCAUGAACGUCAGCUUCUCGAUGAACGGACAGUCGGUGUUCUUCAACCAGAACGGCGAUCCGCCUGGCAGGUACGACGUACUGAACUUCCAGCGGAAAGCCAACGGAAAGUACGGCUACCGGCUCGUCGGCACGUGGGAUAGCAGCGGUGGAGGGCUGCACAUCAACGACUCGCUGAUGACGUGGGCGAAAGAUCCAGGAAAGAAGCUCAUGGAAUCGGUGUGCAGCAAGCCGUGCGGCAAAGGUCACGUCAAGAGCAUCCAAGAUGGCGGCGUCAAGUGCUGUUGGACGUGUAUGCCAUGCGAGCCAGACGAGUUCAUGCUAGAUGAGCUGACGUGUCAGUCGUGCGGCCAGGGCUGGUGGCCGAAUGAGAACCUUACGGCGUGCGUCAUGAUACGCGUUGAGUACAUCCGCUGGGACGACACGGGCAGUAUCAUCGUCGUCUGCUUCGCUUGCUUCGGCAUGGUGUCGACACUCUUUACGACGAUGAUCUUCGUGCAGUACAACAACACGCCCGUCGUCAAGGCGACGACACGCGAGCUCAGCUACAUCAUCCUCGUCGGCUUCAUGCUCUGCUACGCGUGCAGCUUCAUCCUGCUCGCCAAGCCGCUGCAGCACACCUGCUACCUGACGCGCAUCCUGCCCGGACUCGCCUUCUCGAUGAUCUACGGCGCGCUGGUGACGAAGACGAAUCGCAUCGCGCGCAUACUCGCCGGCAGCAAGAAGAAGAUCAUGACGCGCAAGCCGCGCUUCAUGAGCGCCACGGCGCAGAUGCUCAUCACGCUCGUCAUCGUCGUCGCCGAGAUCGCCAUCCUCGUGACGAUGCUCAUCCUCGAGCAGCCGGACUCGACGCUGCGCUACCCGGGCGCGCGCCGCGUCACACUCGUCUGCAACACGUCGACGCUCGGCGUCAUGGCGCCGCUCGGCUUCGACUUCUUCCUGGUGGCGAUGUGCACGCUGUACGCGGUGAAGACGCGCAACGUGCCGUCCAACUUCAACGAGGCGAAGUUCAUCGGCUUCACAAUGUACACGACGUGCAUCAUCUGGCUCGCCUUCGUGCCGAUCUACUUCGGCAGCGACAUGAAGGUGAUCACCAUGUGCCUGUGCAUCAGCCUCAGCGCCACCGUCGCGCUGCUGCUGCUCUUCGCGCCCAAGGUCUACAUCAUGGUGUUUCGGCCCGAGAAGAACAAUCGCAGCUCGUUCACGACGACGAAGUCGGUGCGCUGCCACAUCGGCACGCAGAAUACGGCGCAUUCCGGCAGCAGCGGCAAGCCGUGGGCGUACUCGGCGGAGCGCGAGAGCACGGAGAAGCAGGACAUGCAAUAUAGUUACAUGGAAGCCAAGAUGGCGGAGAGGAAGCGUGAGGAGGCGCGUAGACCAGGCUUUAUCAAGCGCUGGAGCAUGACGCACGGCAGCAGCUACGACAGCGCCCUCGCUAGCGGCAACAAGGCCGACGCGUCGCGACAGACGCGACUCACGCACGGCGCACGCGCAGAGACCGUCAACGCCUCGCGCAAGCCGAUACUGCAGCGCCAGCCGGCGUCGACCGCAGCGCCGCCGCAGCGGGACGCCGACGACGCGGAGCGGCAGCACCGUCGCUUCUCGCCGAGGACGCUCAGCCGCGAGAACUCGUCGCAGACGACCGACGAGCUGCUGCAGUUCCUGCUGCCGCAGCUGCGCCGACGUCUCGUGCGCACCGACGCGCAGCAGGAGAGCUCCGACAACGACGAGCGGCCGCUAGAGGGCGCCGACGAGUCGCUGCGUUCGGCCGCCGCCGGCGUCGCUGCCGUCGCCGUGUGUGAACACGCGCAGAAUAGUCGGUUCAACGGAGCGCGCAGCUUACGCGGUGGUCCAAUGGGCUUUCUCGACUUGGGAUAUGAGAACGAACUAUACGAGAGUCCCGACGACGACGCCGACGACGACGACAGGUCGCGAGAGGGCGCCAGCGACAUUUCGCCGCUGCUCGACGAGGUCUCCGUUUGGUCGAACAGCUCGUUCGGCGGCGACGCCUGCGACGACUUCGACCCGGCCAACGGCAGGUACAGCUACCAGCCAGACCUCAACCCAAUCAUGGAGCUAUCGUCGACGAGCAUAGACCGGUCGGCGAGCAGAGCGAAGAGCAAAAACCGUCGGCUCGGCGGCGACUGGUCGAUGGACACCGCCUGUACGACGGUCGAUAGCGGCAGCGUCGACGGCCUCAAACCGAGCCGCAGCGAGGAUGACCUGCUCGGCUGUCUGCUGGACAUAUCACCCUACCCACUGCCGCCCAGCCUCAGCGCGCCCGACCUGCCCAACGUGCGAGUGAUCGACGCGCCGUCUAGCGACACGACACACGAUUCGGACGGACUGAGUAACGGCAGCGCAGUGUCGUCGGGUCUCCUCAGCGCCAGCUACACGACGCCGCGCAAGAACAGUUACGAGAAAUUCCAGAUGGCGCUGCGCGCGCGCGGUAUUUUUGUAAAUAUAGAUCAGGUGCAGUCGAGUGACGUAUGA